AUGGAAAAGGUGGAUACGAAGGUGAAUAAGAUAUUAAGGUGGGUGAAGGAGGAGAGAGAGAAGGAAAAGAAAAAGGGGAGAGAAGAUAGAGUGGUUAAGCUGAUUGAAGUGGUUGAAAAGAUGACAGGAUGGCUAAAGGAGGAGAGAGAAAAGAAGAGGAAAGAAGAGGGGCAGAGAGGAAAAGGAAGUAAAAAGAAGGAGGAAGAAAAGAGAGAAAGUAGAGGGGAAAGAGAAAGAGGGAAGAAGAGAGACGAAGGGAAGAAAGAGGAAGUGGUGAAGAAAAGAGAAAAAGAUGAGGAGAGUAAAGGGGAAGGGGAAGGAAGUGAGGGAGAGAGAAGGAUGGCAGUGAUGGGAAGAAAAAGUGGAAAGAAGAUUGGAAGGACUGAAGAGAAGGAAGAGGAAGAAGAGGAGAAAAAGGAAGAAGAAAUGGAAAAAAGGAAUAAAGGCAAAAAUAGCAGAGAAGAAGAAGGAGUGAGGCGUCUAGGACAAGAGGGUCAAGAAGACAGGAUGGAGGAAUGGUGA